UUCUUCAGAGGAGAGUUCCAUUACCAAACACUUUUGGAUUUAAACCAUGACGCACAAAGGAUAACUGUCUUAAAAAUAAAUAUAGUAGACGGCCAAACGUAGAAAAUACUGUCAAUAUAAAACGAAGCCCUGAGCCACAAAGAUAACUGUUUCAUGAAAGAAUUCCGUUGGAAAACAGUGCCAUAGAGGUUGAAGUAUGGCCUACUGGGAUGGAGGCUCGGGAAGUGGUGGAAAGAAGCCAUCUGACAUGAGGCAGCUUUCACCUCGUAAAGGGCAGGUAACUCCAGAAUCAGAGGAACAAGUUAUAGAAGAAACAGAGGAUGUUGUCAGAAAUUUUUUAUUUGAACGAUAUACAGAGGACCUUUCCAAUCAGUCAGAUGACAGUUCAACUGAGACAACACCUCAGAUUCAAGAGUUUAUGAAUUUUACAUCAGACCCACUGAGUCAAGCAUCACAAGUAGGCAGACAGCUUGCCAUCAUUGGUGAUGAUAUAAAUAGGAGAUAUGCUGACGAAUUCAGUGAUAUGAUACAACAGUUGAGAAUUACUCAAGACACAGCAUAUGAUGUAUUUGCCAGAGUUGCCAAAAAAAUUUUUGCUGAAGGUAUUAACUGGGGACGUGUAGCAGCAUUAUUAUGUUUUGCCUAUCGUAUUGUGAUAGAAGUUUCCAAAGAAAAAGCUUCUCAGUUUGGACAGUUUGUAAAACUAAUAGUUCAUUAUGUAGUGAGAUUUAUCAGGGAAAAAAUAGUGGACUGGAUUGUACAAAGAGGUGGAUGGAGUGAUGCCCUAAAUUACACCCUACCAUCUAGCGUAGGUUUUAUAGCAGUUGGUGUGUGCUGUCUUGCUGCUGUAGCUGCCGUGUUGUAUUUCAAAAGAGGAAGUUAACUUAGAGUGACACCUAGUGAUAGAGAUUAUUAUAGUAGAGAAAUUCUAUAGUGAUAUCUUGUGGUAACCACAUGCAGAUCUCUCGUUAAUAAAAUAUGCUGAUUAAAAUAUGCAUAAUUAAUUGUUACAAAUGUAGAUAUAUUUUGUUUUAGUAAUUGUAAAUAUAUUAAAUUUAUAAUUUUAUAAUAAAAAUUGUUAGAAAAAUGAUCAUAGAAACAUUUAAGUAGAAAGUAAAAAAAAGGGACUUUUCUAGAAAUAAACUUAAUUAAAAAUGGAAGGAAGUACAGAUUACACACCUCAGAUUUUGGAAGCAGAUCUUCAGAAACAACAUCAUGUCUGAUUUCUUUUCAUUAGACAAGUGCCUUCCAACAACAAGUGCAAUCAUUCCUGGUAAAUUAUUUUUGAAUAGUGUUAAAUUUUGAUGAAUGGCAGACAUUUUUUAUUUGUUUGACCAACUUCCAGACAUUUAAACCUCAUAUUGAAAAUUCAUUUGAAACAAUAUUAAUCUAUUUGCUCAGAUCACAUAUAAAUGUACUAAGUGUUAUUAAAAACCCCAUGUACUAACACAGGUUUUGAAAAUGAAUUUCUCAAUGCCUUUCAUACUGUGAUCAAAGAACCUUUUAGUGUUUUGUUGCCUUUGUGCCUUGUUGGUGCAUUUAGUUUUUAAUUUAUUUUGUUAUAUGCAAUUUUACUAUUCAAAAUGUUGUAGUAUUAUACUUGCAAGAGAAUAUUUGGAUUUGUUUUUUUCAGAUGUGAAAUGUUGAUUUGUAAUAUUUGAUGAGCAACACUAUCUAAAGGACAUAAUUGCCUUUUUAAGGCCAACGUCGAGUUUGCAUGUGUUACACAGUCAGAAUCUUUGAAAGGAAAAUAUCACUUAGAUGGAAUUUUAAGACAAUCUGGUCAUAAUUUGUGACAAGGGUUUGAACUUGUUUUGACUUUAAAGAAAGAACACGAAUAUAUGGAAUAUUUGAUUUUAAUAUUUAAGUCUAAAAAAAAAUAGAUUUGGAAGACACAUUACGUUACUAGUAGUAAUACUACACAUUUGUUUUUCCUGUGUGUUAAUAAAUCAAGCACAUGAUGUUUUUGCUCCUUUUAAUCCACAUUCCUGACAUAAUUGUAGUUGUAAAAUACUUCUUUGUACACUUAUUUAUACUAAUAUAUUUAUAUGUUUUAUGCAAAUUAUUCCUGUUAAUUGCAAAAUAUGACAUAAAAGAAUUCAUGGUAUCUAGUUGUUAUGAAGAGGCAGAUUUAGUGGGAGGGGCCAGGGGGCCUGGACUCCCCUUUUCAAAAAAAAAAUGGUUUAUUAUAUAGGGAAUCACUCAAGCAUGACUGGAGCAGGCCCCCUCUUAGGCAGUCAGUGGGCCCCAACCUAAUAAAUUUUCUUGAUCUGCCACUGUUUUGUACAAACAACAAUUUUGUGUGUAGUCUCAUGUUUGAUGAUUUAACUCAGGUUGAGUUGUAAAUGUAAUGAAAUAUUUAUUAUCUAUUAUUUCAUUUAUUUAACAUUUAAUCCAAUGAAAUUUGAUGGACAAAAGAAGAAAAUUUUCCAUUCUCACUCUAUUGCAUAUAAUUAAGAUACCAAGUUUUUUUCUACUCUCCAUACUAAGGUUCAAUCAUUAUUUGAUUUCUUUUCCUCAAAAUAUUUAAUUUGUUGCUUUCUUAAAUUUCAAUCUGCAAAUAUUGAAGGUAGGACACCAAUAAAGAGGUAAAUUUUUUAACCGUUUGUCAGUAAUUUUUUUUGAUUUUGAAAUGUGUUUGAUGUGAUAUGCAUAUUAUAUAUGCAGAUUAUAUAUGUAUUACUGUGGAUUCAUUUAUUUUAGUGGGUACCAAUUUUCGUGGAUUAUGGAAAACUUGCAAGUUCGUGGAUAUUUGAUUUCGUGGUUUUGCCGAAGUCUACAUACAAGCCUAUAUAAAAUUUGUUAUUUGUUGAACAUUUAAUUUUGUGGUUCGCCAGUACCCACGAAAGCCGCGAAAAAUGGUAUCCCACGAAUAAUAAUGAAUCCACAGUAGUACUUCAGCGAUUAUAGUUCAAUAGUGUGAGUCAUCUACAAUCAUCAGAAUAGGAAUAUACAAUCUAGUGCCAAAUGAUAAAGGGUAAUAAUGAUGAUCAUCUAAUCAUCUUUUCAAUGUUCUUACUAUAGUAAUACGGAGAAAAAACCAGAGCUGCAUCAGAUGUAACUGAUUUGUUAGGGGGAGUUCCCUGAAGUGUAGUAUGGGAUUUGAGAUAAUCAUAAUAAUCAUAAUAAUGAUGAAAUAACCUUUGACAGAAAGGUUGUUGAGGUAAUGAUAAUUGACUCUCUUUUAAACCAAUCAGUAGAACAGCUCGAACCUUUUAAUUGCAUUUGAUCAUUUCUAUUGAAAACAAAUAGGAGCCACUGCUAACUGUUGAAAUCAGAAUAUCUCUGAUGAUAGAAUUUUUCAGGGUGACAAAGGUUUUGUUAUGGUGCAAGAAAUAAACAUCUAGGCCUUAUAUUUAGUGAUGUAAUGAAAAUUUUCAUCAACCAUAGAUCAUAUCUGUUUUAAAGUAUGAAUGGCCAGUACUCUAUGAAAUUGUUUAUUAAAAUAAACAUGUAUUCUUAAAGGAGUUUAGAUGACAAAGGUUUUGUUGUGUUAUGUUCAAGUGAUAAACAUUAAGGCCUUAUAUUAAGUGAUGUAGUCAGAGUUUUGAUCACCCAUAGUGCAUAUCAUUUAUAUAGUAUAAAUGGCCAGUACUCUUAUGAAAAAUUAUGUUUUGAUUUUUUUGUAAGGAUGAACAUGUAUACUGAAAGGAGUUUAGAUAAAAAAUAAAUAUAUGCAGCAGCCAUUAUGUAUUACUGUGGAUUCAUUUAUUUUCGUGGGUACCAAUUUUUCGUGGAUUGAGGAAAACUUGCAUGUUCGUGGAUAUUUAAUUUCGUGGUUUUGGAGCAAUCUGCAUACAAGCCAAUAGAAAAUUUGGUAUUCGUUGAACAUUUAAUUUCGUGGUUCAUCUGUUUCCACGAAAUCCACGAAAAUUGGUAUCCAACGAAUAAUAAUGAAUCCACAGUAUUUGUCCCUCCAUGCAUCCGGUGUAGGCAUGUCAUGCUCAAGAAUUCUUUGACUAAUUUAAUUCUUACAAAUUAAUUAGUAAGAGUGAUGGAUUGAGAGUCUGCAUAUUUUAGACAAUCUUUUUGCAGAGUUAUUGGACUUAAUUCAUGUUUUACAUGUACUCCCAUCUAUAUAAGUAUGUCCUACCAUAUUUUAGCACACUUUUUUGUUUGUUAAACAAAUGUAUAUGAUUGCUCUUACUAAUGGGUGAAUAUGUCCAUCUUAUAUUCUGCAGAUUUUCUGGUAUUUUUAAACAAUCAUAGGAGAUACAACAUAUCUAUUUUAAACCCUUGCUCAGAUAGACCUUUUUUUUUGCUCAAGAGAAGAUAAUCUUUAGAAGAGUUCAUAGCAUUGAUUAGUUUCAGUCAUAAGUCAGAGACCAACAUAAGCAUUUGAUUACAAAUUUUCCACUUUACUAUAAUAAGUAAUUGUGUCACUCUUUAUGUAGUGAAGUCAUAUUGAUACAGUCAUCAUAGUAAAUAUUUCAACUUGUGUGUCAUUGUUUUGAAUAUUAAAAAUUACAAUGAAAGGGAAAUAUACAAUUCAAAAACUGAGAUACCGUAAAAACAUACAACACGCUUUACUGUCAUUUUUCCCUCUGGUGGUAUUAUUAUCAUUUCUGUUUGCUUUUAUGCAGACAUUGAGAAAGCCAUCAAAUCAAUUAUCAUGAAUUUGUUCUCAUUCCACUUAAUUGGUCCCAAAAAAAUAAUUGAAUCCACACUACAUAAUAGUUUGUGAGCAAUAUUUCACCAUUUUGCAAUAAUAAAAUGCAUGUAGUCAUUAGAAAAUUAAACAAAGUCACUUAAUUUUUUAAAUACUAAGGCUUUUCUAUCCCAGGACAAGAGUACUGUAGCUGUAUUUAGCAAAACUUUUAGUGGAUUUGCUCUUCAACUUUGUACUCUAUUUGGCCUUUUUAACAUUUUUGAUUUUAGGGUCACUGAUUGGUCUUUUUGUAGACAAAACACAUGUCUGACACAAAUACAAAGUUUCAGUCCUGGCCUUGCGAUCAUAAAACUUUUGAGUCUAUUUUUUGUACUCGUACUCCAAAAUGAACCAAUCAAAAUGCUGGAUUUCAUGUUUCGAGCAUGAUUUUUGUGCUCCGAGCACUGAGCAAAGUUUUAUGACUUCAACCCCUGGUAUCUAUGAUGAGUUUAUUAAAAGUAAUAGUUUAGAACCUUUAUUAUUUUAUCAAAUCUUACAAAGUUAAUUUGUAAUUUGUGUUAACACCAUCAGUUUCAAAAGAUCGAACAGGUUUAUAUGACAUUAUUGGGUUACAACUUUAGACAUAUUCAUGUUCAACCUAAACAUAUAGAUAUUAAUUUUAGAUGAAAUGAUAAUCUUGGAUUAGAACUGUCACAGAAUGAGAAUGAUAAUCCUAGAUGAUUUUUGUAACUAAACUGAUAAUCUUAAACAGUAUUGCCAAUAUUGAAAGUACUUACUUUAUGUUUGUGUAUAUUCUUAUGUAUGUUUGUAUUUUACUGAAUACACUGAAAGGGAUUUUUAAAAGUGCUGUGAUAUACAAAUAUAUGAUAUUAUUGUGUAGUCCGCCAGCCAAUUUUUGUAAAAUAAGACUAAAAGUUCCAGGGAAAUACAUGUUUAUUUUCUCACACAGCAGUAUUGAGCAAGAUACUUAAAUCCAGCUUUACCUAAAACUAACGAAAACCAGUUAAUUAAUACCAUAAACAAGAAAUAGGUAUUUUAAGAUGUUAUUAAAUAACAUGCAGAUUAUUUUAUAAAACACAAAACCAUGUAGUUAAUUUUAUGAUAAUUUUAGUGUUUACCUAUCUUGGUCAUUUGAAUGUUCAAAUCUAUGUUAUAGAUUCAGUGAAAAACUUGAUUGACAAACCUAAAUUCAAGCAGAUAAAAUAAAAUCUGAACAACUAUUUACAGUUAACUGAGUUAUAAAAUGCAAAAUAUCAUGAUUAACAUGGUAGAAAGGACAUUUGUUUUUAUUGUGUAUGAAAGUUCAUGUUUAAGAUAUGUGAUUUUAGUUAUUAUUUACAUUUCAUACCACAUCUAAAAGUUGGUUUUAUAUCAUAUGGAUGUGUCUUCAUUGUUGCAUCACUGCAGACAUAAUGAUUUUUUUUAACAUUAUCCCUAAUCUUGAUAAUAGAUUCAUAUUUUCCUUGAAACAUCGUUUUUUUGUUUAAUGAUUUGUAAUUUCAAAAUCAUUAGAUAAAACCCAAUGUAUGUUGUUUACAAAUUAAGAGUAAUAUGAAAUUACUGUUUUCAUUAUUCUAUUGUUUCAUUUUGCAUGGUGAAAGAAGUUUUGAAGAAGGUUUUAAUCUCAUUUGUAUCCAUAGAUUAUGCUCUUCAUGAAAUAUGAACGAUAAAAACAUGUGAUUAAAGAAGAAGUAACUUAAUUUCAGCAAUCAGAACAAAUUUUAAUCAAAUCAUUUUCCAUUUAUGUAUCAUUACUAUAUGCAAAUGCAAUCAUUGAGAUUAUUGUAUAGAAUUAGGAAUGGGCUAUUCCUAUAUUAAAUCCAGAUGGUAAAAGGCACUGAAAAUGAGAAAAAAAACAAGGUAUGGGGAUUUCAAAACAAUCUUUUGCACAAAAAUGAGUUUAAUUAUUUGAUAAAUUAGCAUGAGUGGGAUAUUGCAGAAUUAUGUACCUUAUCUAUAUGAUACAAACAUUAAAUUAGAUGGUAUAUGAUGUGGUAAAAAUUUUGAAAACUAUCUCAUAACUUUCAUUAUUUGAGAAUGUAUGUGUUUAACAAUGAAUUUGAAUGAAAAUGACCAAAUAAAUAGCUUUAAAAUAGCAGAAAAGUUAAAAUUAUUGAAAAUAGUCAGUUUAGCAAUAUUUUUGAGAAUACUUUGUUUCUGAUGUUCAGGAUUUUGACUAUGUUAUAUAAUUUCAAUGAACUUCAACAUGAUUCAUUUUAUUUGUUUUUAUAAUGAACUACUGAAGUGCCUUUGAAAAUAUAGUAAACAAUAUGAGUGUUUGUUGAUUUUCAGUUUUUGUGAACAAUUGUAUAAAACAUUUGUUAUUGAGAUAUUAAACCACUUACUACAUA